AGUCAAAAUGAGAAUCAUGACUUCAUCUAACAACAAGUCCCUCUUUUAAACGCGGCACUCACUCAAUCAUCAUCGUCGUUUGCUUAUUCACUCAUUUCACUCACACACCCUUCUCCGCUCUCUCUCUCUCUCUCACUCUCUGCGUUCUCCGUCGUAACUGCCUCUACUCGCGGCGGCUUCGUCAAUCGUAACCGUCGUCGGAGCAAUGUCUUCUCCGCCGCCGCCGCCGCCGUUAGAUCAACAGCAGCAGCAGCAGCAGGAGGAGGAGGAGGAGCAGCAGCCGCUGGACGAGGAGAUGGAGGUUCCUCCCUCUGAUGUUCCUGAAGGUCCUCAGCCUAUGGAUGCCCAACCAGAAACCACAAAUUUGUUUGGUGCUCCGAUAGUGGACGAGUCACCAUCUGGGCGGUUCACAUGGACCAUCAGGAAUUUUUCAAGGUCUACAAAAAAACUAUAUUCUGAAGAUUUCUAUGUUGGGGGCUACAGAUGGCGGAUACUUAUAUUUCCAAAGGGGAACAAUGUUGAUCAGUUGUCAUUGUAUCUAGAUGCUACUGAUUCAGCAACUUUGCCUUAUGGAUGGAGUAGAUAUGCACAGUUUAGCUUGACUGUUGUCAAUCAAAUUCGCCAUAAUUUCUCAAUCAGAAAAGAAACACAUCACCAAUUCAAUGCUCGUGAGGGUGAUUGGGGUUUCACAAGUUUCAUGCCUCUUGCUGAAUUGUAUGAUCCCGGUAGAGGUUAUAUUGUGAAUGAUACAUGCAUAGUUGAGGCUGAUGUUGCUGUACGCAAGGUUAUUGAUUACUGGUCACAUGACUCUAAAAAGGAAACUGGUUAUGUCGGACUAAAAAACCAAGGGGCGACAUGUUACAUGAAUUCUCUCCUUCAGACAUUGUAUCACAUUCCUUAUUUUAGAAAGGCUGUGUACCAUAUGCCUACAACUGAGAAUGAUUUGCCAUCGGGAAGCAUUCCUUUGGCAUUGCAAAGUUUAUUCUACAAGCUGCAGUAUUAUGACAGUAGCGUAGCAACGAAAGAGUUAACAAAAUCUUUUGGAUGGGACACACAGGAUUCAUUCCUGCAGCAUGACGUCCAAGAGCUUAAUAGAGUUCUUUGUGAAAAGCUAGAAGACAAAAUGAAGGGAACUGUUGUGGAAGGCACCAUACAGAAGUUGUUUGAAGGCCACCAUAUGAACUAUAUUGAAUGCAUCAAUGUGGACUAUAAAUCAACCAGAAAAGAAUCAUUUUAUGAUCUUCAGCUUGACGUCAAAGGAUGUCGGGAUGUGUAUGAUUCUUUUGACAAGUAUGUUGAAGUGGAAAGACUUGAGGGUGAUAACAAGUAUCAUGCUGAGCAGUACGGUUUGCAGGAGGCUAAGAAGGGUGUCUUGUUCAUUGAUUUCCCUCCUGUUCUUCAGCUUCAGUUAAAACGAUUUGAAUAUGAUUUCAUGCGAGACACUAUGGUAAAGAUCAAUGAUCGCUAUGAGUUCCCGUUAGAGCUAGAUCUUGAUAGGGGCAAUGGCAAGUAUCUAUCUCCUGAAGCAGAUAAAAGCAUUCGCAACCUUUAUGUACUUCACAGUGUUUUAGUUCACAGCGGUGGGGUUCAUGGUGGACACUAUUUUGCUUAUAUCAGGCCAACUCUAUCAAAUGAAUGGUUUAAAUUUGACGACGCACGAGUGACGAAAGAAGAUGCAGAUAGGGCCUUAGAAGAGCAGUAUGGUGGUGAAGAAGAGUUACCUCAUGCCAAUCCCGGGUUCAACAACUCUCCCUUCAAAUUUACAAAGUACUCAAAUGCAUAUAUGCUUGUUUAUAUACGUGCCAGUGACAAGGAUAAGAUAAUUUGUAGUGUGAAUGAGAAGGACAUUGCCGAACACCUUAAAGCAAGAUUGAAGAAAGAACAAGAAGAAAAAGAGCUGAAGAAGAAGGAGAAGGCAGAGGCUCACUUAUAUACCAUCAUAAAGGUUGCACGCGACGAAGAUCUGUUUGAACAGAUUGGAAAGGAUAUAUUCUUUGAUCUAGUGGAUCAUAACAAAGUGCGAAGUUUUCGUAUCCAAAAACAAAUGCCAUUCUUGUGUUUUAAGGAAGAAGUUGCUAGAGAGUUCGGUAUACCUGUCCAAUAUCAACGUUUUUGGGUGUGGGCAAAGCGCCAAAACCACACUUUCCGGCCAAAUAGACCUCUGACACAGCUGGAAGAAGAACGACCAGUGGGACAUUUACGGGAAGGUAUAACUAAGGCAAAUAUUGCAGAUCUGAAGUUAUUUUUGGAAGUGAAAGUAGGGCAGGAUCUACAGCCUAUUCCCCCUCUCGAGAGGACAAAAGAAGAUUUGUUACUGUUCUUUAAGCUUUAUGACCCUUUGAAUGAAACACUGCGGUACGUUGGGAGCUUUUAUGUGAAAGCUAAUGAGAAGCCUUUGGAUAUAUUGACAAGAUUAAAUCAAAUGGCUGACUUUGCUAUUGAUGAAGAAAUUGACCUAUUUGAGGUUUUGUCAUGCAACAUUAUUUUCUAUUAUUGUAACAUAAAGGGAGAGCAAAAAUUCUUACAUUUUGUUGUGCAUAUUCAGGAAAUCAAAUUUGAACCCCAUGUCAUGUGCGAACCUGUUGACAAGGGGUCCACAUUCCGAUUCAAUCAGCUUGAGGAUGGUGAUAUUAUUUGCUACCAGAAGCCAUCCAAAGUUGUAAGUGGUGAGCAAUUUCGGUAUCCUGAUAUUCCUUCCUUCUUGGAAUAUGUGCAUAACCGUCAGGUUGUACGCUUCAGGUACUUGGAGAAACCAAAAGAGGACCAUUUCAGUCUCGAGUUGUCAAGGAUCAACACAUAUGAUUAUGUUGUUACAAGAGUUGCUCAACAUCUUGGUUUGAAUGAUCCUUCUAAAAUCAGACUCACAUCUCAUAACUGUUACUCCCAGCUACCUAAACCCCAGCCUAUCAAGUACCGAGGAGUUGAACAUUUAUCUGACAUGCUGGUUCACUACAAUCAGACUUCUGAUAUACUAUACUAUGAAGUACUGGAUAUCCCUCUCCCAGAAUUGCAAUGCCUAAAAACACUUAAAAUUGCUUUCCAUCAUGCUGCCAAGGAUGAAGUGGCGAUUUAUACUACUAGAUUACCGAGACAGAGUAUUGUGGAAGAUGUAAUCAAUGAUCUUAAAUCGAAGGUGCAUUUAUCUCAUCCUGAUGCAGAUCUAAGAUUGCUUGAGGUUUUCUAUCACAAGAUCUAUAAGAUUUUCUCUCUCGGUGAAAAGAUUGAAAAUAUUAAUGAUCAAUAUUGGACGUUAAGAGCAGAGGAGAUUCCUCAAGAGGAGAAAAAUCUUGGCCCUGAAGAUCGAUUGAUUCAUGUUUAUCAUUUCAUGAAAGACACUGCACACGAUCAGCAAAUUCAGAAUUUCGGAGAUCCUUUUUUCAUGGUUAUCCAUGAGGGUGAGACAUUGGCUGAUGUCAAAUUGCGAAUACAGAAAAAGUUGAACGUUCCAGAUGAAGAGUUUUCAAAGUGGAAGUUUGCAUUUAUUUCUCUUGGUCAUCCUGAGUACCUACAAGAUUCAGAUAUUGUUUCCGCCCAAUUUCAGAGAAGAGAUAUAUAUGGUGCUUGGGAGCAAUAUCUUGGACUGGAACACACUGACAAUGCUCCAAAAAGGUCCUACAUAGUCAACCAGAUUUCAGAAGCCUACAAUGACCAUUUUGCAAUUUUGCAGAACCGGCAUGCAUUUGAUAAGCCAGUAAAAAUCUACAACUAGAUGAGGUCUAUAUCAUGCCUUAUGCCAGUGGCAGCUGCAGCUUUCUGAAGGUGGCAAGCUGGCAUUAGAAAUGUAGAGUUGCUGUCAAUCACCUCAUGCGAAUUCAUCUGUUAAUCUUUUUGACUUCAUACCUCUGGGAAUAGGUAUAGAGCCUUGAACAGUGCUUCCUGAUGGUUAAAACUCUCUCUCUCAAGCACUCAUCUCUAUGGCUGUUUGGAGAUUGAUUUUUAUUUCCUUUACAUAAGAUUUUGGGUUGAAUUUUGUGUAUAGAAGCUAUAGGUAUACCGUAUACAUAGCCGAUGUCUAUGUCUGGUCCUUCCAUUCUGGGCUUUUCGUUGGCUUUCCUUGGAGAUAUAGGAAGAUCAGGAUUGUGCAUAUGUUUUUGAAGGGCCCUCAUUGUAAUUUGGUUUGUAUGCCUUUGUCUGACUUUAAAUUUUUCUUAAAGGCACAUAGAUUUGCAUUGAAGAAACAGAAAUUUUCCCUUCAA